GUCAAACAAGAAAGAACUUGUUUGGAAGGAUGGUGUCAUUCCUUUUCCAGACCGAAAAGCACAGGGGGAGGGUCUAAUAGCUGCUGGAGAGGGGAAGAGAGAAAGAGAAGUUAGCACUGCAGACAACUCUUACUCAGCUUGGACCUAGAGAAAGAGAAGAACAAAAGGAAUAGUGGGGGAGUAAAAGGGAGAUCCACACUGCAGCUGCAUUAACAGGAUAAAUACACAAAAUGGAGGACUCCAACAACGGCAAGCCAUUCAUGGUGACAUCCUCUCUGAACUUCAAAGUCACCACCCCGUCCUUCUACAACCAGCCAAAGAAGUUUGCCUCGGUGGCACCGCCACGACCCAAAAGCCAGACACCUCCAUCAGCUCCAUCUCCAACACCAAUAGGCACAGGGGUGAUUGGUCGAGUGGGAGAUCUGCCUCCACCACCCCCUUCACUCUGUGAUGACUUCCCGCCCCCUCCUCCUCCUCCUCCACUGGAUGAUGAUUUGCCAGCACCCCCACCUGAAUGCCAUACCACACCCUCUGCCUCUGACGCCCCCCCUCCCGCCUUCCCUGCUCCACCUCCAGUGGCAGAUGACCUGCCCCUCCCAGCUCCCCCUGAAGAGAGUUCCUGUCCCCCCACCUGCCCCUCUCCCCCUCCUCCCCCACCCCCCCCACCUCUCCCUGCAUCCGGUACCAGUAUCGCCAGUGCUGUUGGGAACCCACAGAGACUGAUGGAGAAGCAGACUAGCUUCGAUCAACAACUUGACUCUCUGACCGACUUGCUGUCUGAGAUGGAGACAAGAGGACCUUUUAACCCUAAGUUACCAAGCCAGUAUUCUUCAGCACCAGCACCCAAGCCUUCAGCUCCUCCCCCGACUGCUCCCAAACCAGCCCUCUCCUUCCUCCCACCUCCUGAGAUGGGAGACCGCCCACCUCCAGCACCUUGGGCCGAGGAACUCAAAGCCAGAACGAACCGUCAAGCCAAUCACAACUCUGCACCAAACUCUGCUGCUCAGCCAUUUUCUAAGGCCCCAGCAGUGGCACCCAAGUCUGGUUUUGGAGGAAGAGUGGGAACUUCAUCUGCCUCUCUGGCACAAAAACUGAACCAGAAUCUGAACCAGACCCCAGCCCCUAUCAGUGGAGCACCAAAACCUUCCCCUCCCUCUGCCACCAGCUCUUUCCCUCCACCUCCUUCAGCUCCGCCUGCACCUCCUGCUCCACCAAACAACAUGGCUGCUUCCCCAGCGUCUAAUCACAUAAAGAGUUCUCCCUUUGCCAGUCAAGUGAACACAAACCAAAAGCCUCCAGCUGCUGUGCCUCCUCCUCAACCUAAGAUGAUGGCAUCUCCACCCUCUCAACCAAUAAAAUCUCCCUCUGCAUCAACACCCUCACCUCCUGGCCCAGUUCUCAUCCCAGGUGGAGGCGUUCCUCUGAACAUGAGGGAAGUGGAGGAGUUAGAGAGGAUGACCAAGGACUUCAUUAAAGACAUGGACACACACGCACCUGUCAUCACCUCCCCUCCUACAGAGGUUUGUGGGAAGUGUGGCGAGGCUCUGUCCCGUACUCAACCAGCAGUGAGGGCCAUGGAUAAACUCUUCCACUCCAACUGCUUCUGUUGCAUGAGCUGUCAGCGCCCCCUGCAGGGCAUGCAGUUUUACGACAGGGAUGGUUCACCUCAGUGUGAGGACUGCUACAUGAGUUCCCUGGCAGUGUGUUGCCGAUGUGGGGAGAGGAUCACAGACCGUGUGCUGAAGGCGGUGGGCCAGUGUUUCCAUGCCCACUGUUUCCGCUGCAGCACCUGCUCCUGUGUACUUGAGGGGGCGCCGUUCAUCACUGAUGACAACAACAACCCCUACUGUGUCCAGGAUUACCACAGGCGUUUCUCCCCUCUGUGUGUGAGCUGUAACGAGCCUAUUGUUCCCGCCCCGGGCAGCGAGGAAACAGUCAGAGUGGUGGCUCUCGACAAGAACUUCCACCUCAAGUGUUACCGUUGUGAGGACUGCGCUCGCCCUCUCUCCAUAGAAGCCGAUGAAAAUGGCUGCUAUCCAUUGGAUGGUAGGAUCCUGUGUAUGAAGUGCCACACCCAGCGAGCCAAGCGAGCUGCGCAGUGAUUGGCUGAAGCAGCAUCGCUCUGUUUAACUAUGAACCAAAUCCAAAAGCACAGGAUUCACUCAGCUACCGUUUUUGCCUUGGGCUUUACUCAGUAUAUGUGCGCAGGUGUGAAUGUGAAUGUGCUGAGUGAAAAUGUUUGCAUGCAGAUACAGUGUAGUAUUCCCUUGUCUGUGUUCACUUCAGUGCAGAAGUAAUGUACUGCAUUGAAAUAGACUCUCAUCAUCUUUUAUUCCCAAUCUCCAAGUCUCUAAUCUCCCAUCUCGCCUUCUUUGUGAGCUAGAGCGUAUUUUUUGUGCCAAUUCUAUGUUUACUCUAAAAUUUCCAGCAGAACUUGCACAAGAACAGUUUGGUCAAAAGAGCAGUCUGAUAAAUAUACAGUUGCCUUUCUUUAUCUCUCGCCUAAAUAUUGUUAGUAGCACCAUUUACUGAGAUAUUUCCAUCUUAAGACUUUAACUGGCUGGUCUCUUUCCCUGUGAACAUUGUAGCUAUGCCGAUGUCACUGAGACAGGUUGUUAGCAUAGGGUGAGGAGUAUCAAGAACCUCCCAUUUGACUAUUGCACAGAUUUCACCACUCUGGUUGGCUGUUGAUAGAGCAUAUCUUUCCACUUUGGCUGUUGCUGUGCCUGCAAGCAUGGUUAAUGAUGCUUCCCUUUGCUUUAUAUCAGCCAAUCUACUCUGAUAGCAUUUUAAAGUCAUCUAGGGCUAAACGUUGACUGCAAAAAAGAUAAAAACAGUGAAUGUUGCUCUAGGUUUUUUUUUGUGAUGUGACUGAUCAUUUACAGGCAUGUAUUGAAUUAUGUCUUGUUGCUUUUCAUUAUCUGAUCAUACUGUAUAAGGGCAAGAUUAGAAAAAAAUCUGCCAUUUUCUUUUCAAAAAUAGUUUAGAGCUGAUUGAACAGUGUUAAGUAUUUUUAGAUGCAUGCUUUUUGGAUGCAGAAAUUAUGAACAAACAGAUUAGCACAGAUUUGCUACGCACAGAUUCCAUUCCAGGGAUCUCAUGAUUUAAAAACAGUGUAGUUAAACAUAUCAGCUGCAUGGCUGAAAACAGGACCUAUUAUGUGAUUGUUGCACAGUUUCAUAGUGAAAUAAAAUACCCUUUUUAGCGUCACUUUGACUCUAAAGCCCCUGCACAUGAUACAUUUUUAGUACACACCAUCUAGAAACAUAGUAGUGUAGUUUUUGAUAUGCAUUUUCUUGGAAUCCUUUGCUUUAAAUAAUAUAAUUUAAGGACUUUUUUUUCUAUUAUGUAUUAAGGUUAUAUGUGUACCAGUGCUAAAAUAACCGGACAGUAGAUCAGUAGAGGUGGUAGAUUUGAGCUUUAGGUAAGAGAUGUUAAAACAUAGUGACCAAAACCUUUGCAAGAUACUAAAACAAUUACACGGGAUUCAAUGUUUUGACAUUAAUGUGCGUUUUUUUUUUUAAUCACCUUUAUUGUGUUUGAGCCCGUUUUGCGUUUUUUGGUCUUGAUCUAUUCUGUUGAUACAGUAAAUACCACUAUUCUUUCCAUUAUUCAUCUUUUGUACUUCAGUCUGCUCAUGGGGGUUAUAUACUAUUAUUCUUAUGUUACUGUACUGUAUUUCAUUGAUACAUGCCUACAAUUAUUUUUCAUUUUUAACCUGGCAAUGUGCCUUCUCCACUCUCUUGUAUUCCAUUGUUCCUUUUGAAUUGAGCCUGAUUUGCAGCCUCAGAAAUGAAUUCCUCAAUAAGAAAAUUGUUGUUACUUGUGCUUGCGUUGAGCCUGGUGCAGUAUAACACCAGAAUGACUAACAAAACAUGGCAAUAGUGACUCAGCAUUGCAUGAUAACUGUGUAGGCGGUGGUGGCGGCAUUUCCUCUAGUAUUAUGUCUUUUGUUUGCACCAACUAUUCCACCUUCAUGGCCCUGCCGUUAUCAUCACCAUGUGAUAUUAUACAUGCGAUGAUGCCUUCACAGUUGCAUAUAUCUGGCGUUUUGUUGUUAUGUUAUGUCCCAUUGUAUUACAUGCAGAUGCCUUGUCUUUUCAUAUAACUUUUUUAUAAAUUCCUGUUUGAUAUGUGUGAAUGUGUAUAUGUUUAAAAACAUUAUUUAGCCCCACCCCUCACUCCUCUGGCUGUAUUAAAAGAUAAACAACUAAAUAAAUAAAAUGCUAAAUACCACAA